CUGCAGAAUGAUCUUUGUGUGUUAGAGAGGAGCAUUUAAGUCCCAGCAGAGACCCAUUCUGAGUUCUGCUCAUAUGAAGAGAAGAUGAGGCUGUUUAUCGCGAGUUUCUCUGUGCUGCUGCUGCUUCUGGCUUUUACAUCCAUCUCAUCUGAAUUUGUAGACAAAUUCAGUAAAUGGGAAGAUUUUUUUUUCAAUCAAACGCCUCCUGUUAUUCCUGGCAUUCUGAAUGAUUCAGCUGUACAGGACAGUAAUUAUAAAACAAUAUGUCAAAAAUAUAAAGAGAGGGAAAAAUAUGUGACCCUCUACAACACAACGGGGAAGAUCCCUGUUUUCUCAGCUUAUAAAUACACCGGAAUACAAAAAUACAAGAAACUGACUAAGAUUCCCUGGAUGAUCGAGUCGCAGUUUGAACCUGCAGGUCAUGAGAUGCAUGAGCCAUUCGUCAAUCAGGCUACCACUGAAGACUACUUCAAUAACACACAAAACGUUAGUUGCGGUCACUUAUUUCCAGUCCGUUAUGCAGCUGAUAGAGAAACUGCCGAGUCUACAUUCACACUCACCAACAGCAUUCCACAGAAGAGAAACUUAGAGAACGGCUCUUGGAUUGACAAAGAACAAAAAAUUAAAGAUAUCAUGGAUAAAUACUGUCGUGACAAGAAGAACAACAAAAAGAUCUUAGCCUACGUGUUGACUGGAGCUCUGCCUGGCCCUAAUAUACUGAAUAAAAGAGUGAACAUUCCCUCUCACAAGUGGAUGGCAUUUUGUUGCUACAACAGUUCAGGAAACUCAUGGCUCUCCAAAGCUGCCUGGGCUGAGAACAAAAUUAAACAUGAUACGGAGACUUGUCUUAAGAGCCUGGAGGAGUUUAAAAUGUUCUUAAAUGAAAAAUGGGGGAAACAAGUGAAGUUAUUUUCCAAUGACUGUAUGUAAUUUUAAUAUGCA